GGUGGCUGUGUACAGUAUGCAACAAGUCCCAGCACAUAUCUAAUGACACUACUUUGGCCCACGGCUCAAGAUGCUCUCACUGGCUCCUCAGAUCAACUCAGAACUAGCUACUGUGCGCGCUCAUUCUGCUUCAAUCAACGGUUUGCGACAAAGAAUUCAACCGUCUUCCACACACAGCGCUGAGCAAGCGAACCGUCAAGCCGACAACCAAGAGCUGAAGCACAAGCGGACCUACCGACAAGCAUUUCCUCAGAACUGUCAUCGUGAGAAAACGGUCAUGAAACGGAGUCGUACAAAACCUCGGUCGGACACCGGAGCUGAGAUUUCGAGGUCUGUUCGUAUGAUUCACAGAGGGGAACGUUUUACGCGCCCUUGCUCUACAUUACCCACCUCACAGUGCCGAACCCAGUCUCGAUGGCACACUCCAUUAUCCCCGAACGGCACAUUGCCAUUGCUCAAAAACCGUCGACUGCAUUGCAAUUUUGAGGUCGGACAGAAACGAACAGUUUCAGCAUACUCCGGUGGAAGCGUUUGUAAAGGGACGCCCUUGAAUGGCUUGCAUACCAGCAAUCCCGUAUUUCACUCCAACUCACUCUCACGCGUGCGGAGGCCGUUACCGCAGUGUGAGGCCUUCCGUAAAGGAUACUCCAACCGUCCAGAUAUGAAGGCCUACCGAGCCGAGCAGCGGAAAGAAAAAUCCCGCCUGGCCGCCCAGAUUCGUCGCAAUCGUGAAAGCCAAACCUUGAUCCUACUUCAAAAUGCCCUACCGAUUUCAGCUGAAGUCCUCGGACUUCAUGGUCUGCAAAUGAACAGUGUGGACAACCUCCUUUCCGAACUAUUCACCGGCGAGUUGGAAGACUGCAUUUCGACCGAUUUGUGUGAGCUCGCCCCACUCGGUGUUGAUCAGUCGUCAAUCAGGUCGUCUGCCGUGAAUUUGGAAAAGUCCGAUCUCAUCCGGAUAGCUGGACAUACUUUAUUUUUCCUCAAUCACAUCAAUCCUCGCCCACUACGCUGGUCGUAUGUUGCUAAGCCCUGUUUGGUUGGAGUCGCCAACUCACCUACUUUCCGGACGUGCCGUACCGAUGGUGACCUUGGAGAUCUCGGAGCGGAUUCCCCGGCAACAUUGAGUCUAAAAAGCCGUUCUCUCUAUGGCCUUGUGGUGAACCCAGCAGAGAAGCGAAUUGUGUAUGCCACUCCGGCACUGAUCGAGGCCGUUGGCGGAAGUUGGGUCCCACUUGUCGGUGGACUUCUACGCCAUCUGGUUCAACCACUGACCUCCAGGAACGUGGUCACAAAGAAGUGUGCGAGUUCGUCAAAAAGAAAGACGUUUGUGGAGCCCCUAUCCGAUCCGGAAAAUCCCUUACCUUCCGUGCCUUAUGCUCCCCAGGAUCAAGAUACAGCCUGUUUGUCGGGUUUCGUUCGGCUCAUCAAACGACGCUAUAGUCCCGCUGAUCCGCUCAUGUCUUUGAUGCUUGAGUUCGAAAACGGAACGAGUGUCAAGCGGUCCGAGGAGCGUUCAAAUGGACGACGAGGAAAACGAAGGCAGAAUCAUGGUUGUAGAGCCAAAACUAUUUGUAGGCCUUCAGCCUCUGCAUCGGAUACGUUUAACCCAACAGAAUGGCUAUCAGCGGGACAGCAUGACGAGGAUACAAGCUUGAUUUGCCAUUGCUGGGCCUCCGCGAUGCUCAAAGUUCCCACCGAUUCGGUUAUGUUUGUCGACGAAACGUCCUUUGAUGACGGAGGUCAACCUGAAGGGUCCUCCUCUUCGCAGCCGUCUGGACUUUCCGAAGACGACUCAUCGACCGGUAAUUCGGGAACACACCAGACCAAGCCUCAAAUAACACAGCUUCAACUAUAUUUACUGAGACCACUCCCGCUCCAGGCCCAAACGAAGCUAUCGCCCAAAUCUGAUCCGCCUCUCCUGGCCGAAUGCAUCGAUUCAUCAGGUCCUUCAGAGCAUUUCGAAGAUUCCUGGUCUCCGAAACCACUUGUCCCCGAGAAGUCACUUGUUGGAGGGAAAGUGAAGAAACGAGGAGCAAAGAAGAGACGGCGAGGCCGUCCAAAAGGCAAACUGAACGAGUUGAAAAGCACCGCUCAACCCCCCUCCAAUGAUAUGCUCAAUCAUUUCCUGGCCACAGAUCUUUCAUCCCUCAUAUCCCCUUCAGAAUCAGAUAGAACCGCUGAAAUGUGCUUCACACGACUGGAUGCUGAGCUGGUUGUACGGGAACUGAGUGAAAGCCAUCCAAUGUUUGGGGAUCUGGAAGAAGAAUUCAACAUUGUUGGCCAGUCGUACCUUUCGUUCAUCCAUCCGGACGACUUGGAAGGUGUUGUGGGCGUGCUGUCGAAACAAAUGUUCAAUCUAGAUGCGAUUUCCUGUUCCCCCGCAGUAACUCUUGGGUCUAUGAGUUGGAGUCCAACUUAUCGCGUUUGUCAUCCAGCAAACCGACGGCCCGGACUUAAGGUCGCUCGUUAUGUUUGGAUUCGCUCGCUGAUGACAUUGGAUUGUGACACUCACUGUUUUGAUUGCUGGCAUCAAAUGGCAGGUUGUGAAUCGCCGAGCCCCCUAUGGAAUGCCUUUCCAGAGGACCGGAUGAGUGAAGAAAUCAAAACGGAACAACCACGACAGCCAGCGGAAACUCCUGGACAUACAAAAAUCAGCUCAAGUAUAAAACCUGCUCAACAGAUUUCCUGUUUUCCACUAGCUGCAAGCAUGGCACCCAUGGAAUCGAGCCAACCAUUUCUUCAAUCCCUUCCGGUACAAACCAGAUCUGUUCAGAUAACUCAAUCCGACACUUCCAGCCGGUGGACAGUUUUGUUGCGACCCAACGAACACACUGUGAGAGACCAAACCCAUCCAAUCAACCCAGCACUUUGCGGCUUUCCAAAAGCAGGUGAACAUACUCUAUUGUGGCAAUCUGGUCAGACUACUCAGUACGGAUAUUCACCCGUGACACGCUCAGGCACGGUGAGCUCUCGGGCGCGCCAACACAAGGCAGCAUGUUCGAAAAAAAAGCUGCCACAAUACAACCAAACGUGCACAUCGAGGGAGUCGACAAAGAUGGUUCGGCGUCGCAGCCCACGCAUUUUGCGAGACCGACCUUGGAUCCCGAAUAAUGAAGGAUUGAGAUACAGUGCUGCCCCGGAAACUGAGAACGCUUUUGAUACUGGGAACAAUCGCAAUCUGUUCCAGCUAAUUCGGUCAAACUAUCCUGGUGAACUGGCGAAAUCAGUUCCUGAAUCGCGGGGAGCACUCGACAACCUCCGACAUUCGUGGCACCAACGUGACAUCAGCUUGAUUAUUAGGGGUGGAGUGUACAAUGCCGCGGUUCGAUCAGUCCUAGUUGAUGGGUCAGAGCCGUGGUUGGUUCAUGUAGAUCUUUGA